AUGGCAGACAACGAGAAGCCCCCUGCUGAGCCAACUGAGCAGGCUGAGCAGCAGCCCGACGACAGCGGCAAGGCGAGCCCCGCGCCUUCGCAGUGCCAGAUGCAAGCAACGCUCCAAGCGACGGAUCGUCUGGUCGGACGAAUUGAUCGAUUGAUAUCCACCGCUGCUGGCGAAGAACGAGCAUUUGCGGCAAUCAGCUACUUCUCCCACGCCCUGUACCACUUCCUCGGCUCCGCGCCAGGAAUCGCAAUCCAAACCCGCCUAGGCCUCCUCGCGCGUCUACGAAACCACUCCAAAACGGCCCUUACCACAAACCCACCAACACCACCAACCCAAUCGUCGCCAUCCCGCCUCCUCGCGCUAUCCUCCCUCUUCUCCGAAACCCGCUACACCCUGCGCCUCUUCGGCCUCGUCCCGCUGUGGACCUGGGGCUCGCAAACCCUCAAGUCACCCCCCUCAGACCGCCUCAUCUACUCGCUUACACUCCUGCAAAUCAUCGCAAAUGUCCUCUACCAAGCCCUCGAGAACAUCGGCUACCUCGCGUCCAAGAAUAUUGUCUCGAAACGCUUCGUGGACCGCUGGGGCGGGAUCGAUAAAUUCUAUCUGUGGAGCACGCGCGCGUGGUUCGGGCAUAUUGUGCUGCAGUUCGUGGUGCUGUGGAGGCAGCAUGUGCUGAGGAAGGCCAAGGCGGCGCUGAUGUCGCAGGAGAAGGAGGAAGUGUUGGCGGGGGAGGUCAGGGCUUGGAAGAAGAGUUUGGUGAAUAAUUUGUUUUGGGCGCCGUUGGCGCUGCAUUGGAGUUUUGAGAAGGGGAUUGGGGUUCCGGGGAGUGUAACGGGGGCUGGGGGGUUUAUGGCGGGCGCUUGGGGGUUCUGGGAUCUAUGGGCGUCGACUUUGGGCUGA